AUGGCCAUGGACUCUCCUAAACAAGCCUGUUGGAUAGUGAAAAAAGUUUUUGAUACUAGGCAAUGGUUUCUGGAAAAACACUCAAGAAAUGAGCUGAAGCAAUACCAAAGAAAUGCUCACAGAAAACUAGCCACAGUGGACAGACUAAGAAGAUGGGGCAAUAUAGUUGACACUGAAUGUGUACUAUGUGAUACAAAUGAGGAAGAAUCAAUGGAGCACAUAUGGUUUGGAUGCAGAUAUGCCAAAACAAUAUGGUAUACACUGGUUAAUUGGCUGCAUGAAAAACAUCAGAUUGGUACAUGGGAUGAUGAGAUUAAAUGGCUGACAAGCAGAAAUCCAAGCAGAACCUGUGGAGAAAUACGAGUGUUCUUAUUCACAGCCAUGGUGUAUCAUGUUUGGAUAGAGAGGAACAGCAGAAGAUUCCAAGGAAAAGCAGUAGAAGCCAGGCAGAAGAUAAAAGAUAUAGCUCUGGAAUUGCACCUGGCUGGACAGAAUGAAAGGAAAUGGCAGAAAGAACUAGCAAGACUAAAGAAUUAUCCAAGUAUAGUAUAG